AUGGAACCAUUCUUCUCAGUGCAUGGAACCAUUCAUCUCAGUGCAUCUCAGGUCACGGCGAGCAGGCGGCGGCUUCCGAAGGCGUACGUGCGGAGCGUGACGGCGCUCAUCAGCAGCCUGCGCGACGCGCUGGGCGCGAGGCUGACAUGGCGCGAUCUGCGCGUACCUGGGGGAGUGGCGGGGGAAAGCGCCGGAGAACACAGAGACCAUUGCAUUCUCUCAACUGUGUGCCCUCUCACACUCGACUCUCCCUGUCAGAAUGUUCUCCCGCUUCUAUUUCAUUGCAUUCAGUGCCAGGCUGCCUUUUUUUCCAAUUUCACAUUCUCUCCCUGCCUUUCCCCACCCAAAAACCCCCUGUCCGCUCUCUUCUCCUCCCAUCCCAAUCAGACCAUCACCUCUUCGCUCUACUCUGUGCUCAGAACGCUCUCCCGCUUCUACAUGCGCAGUGGAGUCAACGCAAUGUCAAGUCUCCCCUCCUUCUCAUUUUCUUCCUUCCCUCUUCCCUUCCUCCCCUCCCAGAUCAUCACCUCCUCGCUCGACUCGGUUCUCAGAACGCUCUCCCGCUUCUACAUGCGCAGUGGAGUCAACGCAAAGCUCCCUGCUGAUGUCAGAGACGGGAUCCUUGCUGACCUGGCACUUGCAGAAGCUGCUUUGUGA